GAAUUACUCGCUAAUUUGGAGAAGGUUGGCUUGUUCUACGGUCUAUACCCCCCGCUAGAAGUCUACCAGCCGAUGCGGCAUAAGCCUGUAAUGUUCAUUACGAUGCUCUCUAUCAUGCCCCUCCUCUAUCUCCAUUUCACACUCUCCUCCUCCUCCCGCCGCCAUUGCAGACGAUUUAAGCGCAACCGGCACCGUCUUCCGCUCCUCUUCGACGUCUUCCCGUGA